AUGGAGGAAAAAGAUGAAAUACGAUUGCAGAUAUUUAACGGCGACGCAUAUGACAAAUGGAAGUUCCGAUUUGAAUUGUACCUGCAAAUGAAAAAAUGUAAUGAAGUCGUAGAAGGAGAAACCAGGCUGUCUACGAUCACGGAAGAAGCGUGGAACACGAAAAAAAUCAAAGCCAAAAACUACAUAUUAAACAGCGUUUCCAAUACGCAGUUGGAACUCAUUUUAAAUGAAGAAACGAGAGAGAAAUGA